AUGUUCAACAAACUUUGUGAUGAGCAUGGCGGUGAAGGCUUGGAGGACUGGAAGGAUCACUGCAAGAAGAUGGCAGCACAGUUCAACAUGGAGAAGCAAGAGGCAAUCAAAGACAUGGCUCUUGUUGAUAACAAUCAAGCAGUUGCCAUGAAACGGCUUGAGGGAGAACUCAGGGGCACCAUUGACCUCACUCGACAUGCAGACAUUUUGUGUUUUAUGUUCAAGGGGUGCUUUUCUCCACCACUUGACUUGAUUCCUUGGAAGACCCUCCCACUUAUGCUCAUCAAGCAGAAGGGUGGUGACUAUGCGAAAGUCAAGCAGUGGUGCAUCCUCUAUGAUGCUGUCGGUGGAGAAGCUCCAGCUGAAAGGUAUGCAGAGUAUGGGAAGAAUCAUUCCCUGAAGCUGGUGGAUGUCAUUCCUUGGAGUGCUGAGGAUGGAGCUCGCAUUCCAAACAGUAAGGACUACAAGGACAUUGUCUUGCUUCAAGACAAUCAAGGGGCUGGGGGUCAUCAGGGUCAUGUGUUGUUGACCAUACGUGAUGUCUCUGGUCUUCUUUCAACAAAUGAAGCACCUGGUUUGGCUGAUAUUCAGCUGACUACAUCCACUAUGGCUGUUCAAAGUCCAUGCUCCCUGCUGGCAACACUAAGUGUGUCUCUGUUAGAUCGGGCAGAUUUGGACGACUCCAGAAUGGAAUCAGAGACUUAG